AUGGCUUUAGGCCGCUGCGUGCGUGCGCAGAAGAGCAUGCGCGCGGGCGUCCCCCCAGCGAGCUUCAGGGCCCGCGGGUUCAGCACCAUCAAGCUCUCCGGCGCUCCUCCGUGGCGGCCGUCUUCGGUCCUCGAUGACUGGGUGCAACGCGAGGCCCGCCCCAUCAGCCUGCGCCAGUUGACUUUCUUCGGCGCCCGCCUCACCGAAGCGCGUUUGCUGGGCUCUGCGAAUUACGUCCGCACCGAGCUGCCCACGCGCAUAGCCCACCGCCUUCGAGACAUGCAGACGCUUCCAUACUUCGUCGUUACCAAUCCAAACAUCUCCUAUGUCUAUGAGCUCUACUACCGCGCCUUCGAGAGAUAUCGCCGCAUCCCCACGGUCAAGAGCGUCGAGGACAACGAUGAGCUGUGCAAGGUCAUUCGAGAGACGCUGAACGAGCACCUAACCGUCAUCCCGCGGUUGGCCAUUGGCGUGCUGGAGGUCCAGGGCGCCAUGAAGCCCGAAGAGACAGACAAGUUCAUGACCACACUGCUCAGAUCGCGAAUUUCCCGCCGCACGAUUGCCGAGCAGCAUCUUUCUCUCACAGAAACCUUCCACUCGCCGUGGCAUUUUCCUGACGCAAAGUUCAAGCACGAUCCGCAUACGGACUCUGUAGGUGAGAUCUUUCUAAAGUGCAACGCCAAGGAGAUUGUUGAGCACUGCGCAAAUGCCACCAAGGAUCUGAUGAGGAAGACGUAUGGGUCUGACAUCCCUCUCCCCGACAUCAGGGUGGAGGGGCAUAUCACUGCGACCUUCCCCUACAUUCUCACGCACCUGGAAUACAUCAUUGGCGAACUCCUGCGGAACUCUAUCCAGGCCGUCAUUGAGCAGACAAAGGACAAGGGGGAAAAGCCGCCGCCGAUUGAGGUGCUUAUCUGUGAGACUCAGCAGCAUGUCAUUAUCCGUAUUUCCGACCAGGGAGGGGGCGUCCCAAAGGACGUGCUUCCCUAUCUCUGGUCAUUUAGCAAGGGGCCCCGCAGCAAGCUCCGUAUUGAGAACUUGUCGAGGGUGCCAAAGCUGGCAGCAACCAUGCAAGACGUGAAGCCUCGCGUAGAAGGCGAGCACCACGAUGGCUCCCUCAGCCAACUGACCAGCCGGCCGCCCGAUUUGCGCCUGGGAAUCGGCUUGCCGAUGAGUAGGAUCUAUGCCGAAUACUGGGCAGGUAGUCUGGAGCUGCACAGCCUGGAAGGCUACGGCGUCGAUGUGUUCCUGCAGAUUUCCAAGUUGGGCAAUAAGAAUGAGCAGCUCACGACAAGGGCAAGCAUGGAUGCGGUGUGA